AUGUAUCACAUGAAAACUAUUGUUCCCGUUGAAGACAACAUAAUACUAUCUAAGUGCAUGUAUUAUUUAAGAAAUCCGAAUAAUAAUAUAAAAAUUGAUGAUAUAGAAAUCAAUAUCAGUGACCAGGUUAUGAAGUUUCUUAAGGAAGCUCCAAACAAUAAAAUGGUUGAAUUAGAACAAAGACAAUGUCAGUUGUUACAGAAAUUGGAUUUACUUUAUGAGAGAAUAAAAGCCAUCAGUUCUAUGUGUAAACUGGAUCUUCAGACAAAUUAUAUAUCAUCUGGAGAGAUACAAAAUGCACAAAACUCAACAGAAAUUGUUAUUGUAUUAAGUCCUGAGAACUUGCCCUAUUUCCUCCAUGUAUUUUUAAAGAAUAGUCCUGGGUUAUAUAUAACAUGGCAUAUUCAUUCAUCUGUGUCUAAUGAAAACAGUUUAGCAAUUAAGGAAUUUUUCAAAAGUUACCAGGAGAUAUAUCCAAUGGCUUUUGAUGGAAAAAUAAAAUUGAGGCUGAUAUUUAAACCUGUUUCAGCUACAGAGUUAAGAAUGUCAUCCCUGGAUGUGCCUUUGGUGGGCAUUGUAAAUAUAUUGCGUUAUCUUUGUUUGCAUUAUACGCAUGUCGCUCCAUACGAUCAAAACGAUUACUACGUUGAUGGUUUACUCGAUCAAUGUCAUUUAUUAGAAAAAACGUCGGGAAAAAACAAGGAAGAGAUUGUGAGCAAAUUAUUUUCGCAAUGUAAAAAUUUUAUUUAUAAGAAUGAAUUAACUAUUGUCGAUCUAGCUGCUUACAUAGUGAUUAAAUGGCAAAAUAUUUCGAAAUCCGUUCCCAGGAAUUGGUAUAACAAAUGCGAGAAACUUUUUGCGUAA